AUGUUUGAUGUUCUGCAUUGUGUGAAUAGUAGAAGCUGCAGUUCGCUAUUUAGAUUCAAUAUUAGCUAUUUACACACCUCUGUCUCACUAUUCUCUUCACCAUUUAUAAAACCUCAGAAGAAAAUGGAUCCAGAAAUCGCAAAAUUGAGAGAAGAACGGAAAAGGAAAAAGUUGACAAAAGAAAUUAAAUUAUUAGAAAGUUUCGCGAAAAAACCAAAACCUGUGGAAGAGUUAAUAUUCGAUAAAAAAUACGACUUAAAUAUUGCUGAAAGGAUACGUCCCUCUGUAAAGUUAACUGAAGAUGAAGAAGAUGAGAGGUUUCUUGUAGCAAGAAACUACUGUCGUUAUCAAAAUAUGUUGGCAGUGAUGGAUAUGCGGUGGAUUUCAGAAAGUAUCAAAAAGCAAGAUAGAGCUUUGCAGAAGUUAAAGAAGUUGUCUCCUCAAUUGCAUGAAUCUGCAAUAAAACCCGAUGAAUGCUUUUUAAAAAAUUUUUCAUGCCAAGGACCCACAUUAACACCUCCAAUAAAACGAUACCAACCUCCUGAUGGCCAUUAUAUCGAUGUUACUAAAAAAUGGCUCUGUUAA